AAAAGGUUUUGCUGCGAAAGCGAGCGUUUGUUGUGAGACAAAUCCGGGUAGUUCCUCCCCGUUUGGUUCCUAAUGAAUUUACCCCAGCAAGGCAUCUGGGCGCUAUUGGACCACGUGACCGGUUAGGACAGCCAUCGUUUUACAUAAUUCAUGUCCAACCCAAAAUGGGAAAGGGGUGCGAGGACUGCAGAGGAUAAAACGAACAGCAAUGGUAUCGUUUAGGAGUUUUGUUUCAAUCUCAAAACCUCGUUUUUCAAAUCCUCUGUAGGUUCUAUUGGUUGAAAAAAAAAAAAAAAAAAAAAAAGUUACCAAGCAAAGGUAGGAUUGAACCAGCAGCUGGCCUGAACCUGUUAACUGGCAACCAGGAGCAGGGACACCAAUCCAGCCUCCUGAUUGGCUGUGACAAACAGGCUGAUUUUGAUUUGCCCCCCCCUUUUUCAUUUAUUUUUUGAGGACUCAGCAGGAGGACUUGGGCUCUGUGUUCUAACUUCCCAGACGAGCAUGGGGCAGAGCAUCCCUGGAGGCAUAAAGACUAUUGACAUGAGAGACCCGGCGUUCAGGCCUCUGAAGCUGGAGUUGGCAGCCCUGGACCACGCCAAGCCCUCCAGGCUGGAUCUGCUGCUGGACAUGCCCCCUGCUGGACAGGAGGUCCAGAUGCAGCACUCGUGGAACAACAACGACCGAUCGCUCAACAUCUUCGUCAAGGAUGACAACAAACUGGUUUUUCAUCGGCACCCCGUGGCUCAGAGCACGGACGCCAUCCGGGCCUGUAUCGGCUACACCCGGGGGCUCCACGUCUGGGAGAUCAGCUGGGCCAUGAGACAGCGGGGAACGCACGCCAUUGUCGGCGUGGCGACAGGAGACGCGCCGUUACAUUCUGUAGGCUACACGACCCUGGUGGGUAAUAACCACGAGUCCUGGGGCUGGGACCUGGGACGUAAUAAACUGCACCACGAUGGGAAGAACCAGCCCAGUAAGACGUACCCAGCGUUCCUGGAGCCAGAUGACACGUUUCUAGUCCCUGACUCAUUCCUGGUAGUGUUGGACAUGGACGAGGGGACUCUGAGCUAUAUAGUGGACGGACAAUACCUUGGGGUGGCUUUCAGAGGACUCAAGGGGAGGAAACUGUACCCUGUCGUCAGUGCUGUGUGGGGGCACUGUGAAAUACGAAUCCGCUACAUCAAUGGACUCGAUCCUGAGCCUCUCCCUCUGCUGGAGCUGUGUCGGCGCUCUGUGAGGGUAGCUUUAGGCAGAGAACGACUGAGUGAGAUCCAUGGUCUGCCUCUACCGGCCUCUCUCAAGAAUUACCUUCUCUACCAAUGACCUCGGGACCCUCAGCACAACAGAACAUGCCUCCGAUCUCUCGGCUGUCCCUGCCGGCCUCCAUAAAGAACUACCAAGGGGCUGCCCUGUGCCCUCUCAUAAUAUACACUGAGUGUCACUGCCGGCCUCUGUCCAUAGGGCUGUCCCUAAUCAACUACUACCAAUUACAACUCAAGGGACGGUCCUGUCCCCUCACUAGGGACUGCCUUGUCCCUUCACAACCCUCAUGUUGUACACUGAGCACAGGCUCAGAACCACAGCCCACCUCUACUGGCCUCGAUCAAGAACUACCAAUGACCAAGGGAGGGACUGGGUCUGGGACUCACUCACAACAUCUCUCUCCCCUGACUGCCCCGUCUGUUUCCACCAAUAGAUACACAGAGCACGCCUCACCCUCGCUCACCAUCUUUGGGAUUGUUCCCACUGAGGGUAAACGAACCAGUUUAACAACCCAACAUAACUCCAGCUUCUGUGUUUCAUCUCCAUGAAUAAUCCUCCCAGCCCUCAGGGCUCAUUUCUACUAAUCACAUUACACCACAGAGUGAGAAGAACACUGUUGUGUGAUGCUUGUCGUGUUCAAGAAGCUAUAGAGACAGUGGUUGGUGUUGGGUCAGUUUUUAAUAUAUUUUUUUUAAAUAAUCGGCGCAUACAACGAACACCCGCCAACUGCGGGAAGAUUUCGGUUUUGGCUCCACAGUGCCAGCGUUACAUUCACCAAUAAAAAUAAAAAAAUAGUCUGAAUUCUGCAAUAGCUGUUUUCAAAGUAUUUCUGUUUUGUUUCGUAGCUGCUAAUUAUACUUAUCCUAUAUCCCACCUGGUGCAGCAACACCGCCUGACAGGGGAGCUGAGCUCACAUUCUAUAUCCCACCUGGAGCAGGGGAGCUGAGCUCACAUUCUAUAUCCCACCUGGUGCAGCAACACCGCCUGACAGGGGAGCUGAGCUCACAUUCUAUAUCCCACCUGGUGCAGCAACACCGCCUGACAGGGGAGCUGAGCUCACAUUCUAUAUCCCACCUGGUGCAGCAACACCGCCUGACGGGAGCUGAGCUCACAUUCUGUAUCCCACCUGGAGCAGGGGAGCUGAGCUCACAUUCUGUAUCCCACCUGGAGCAGGGGAGCUGAGCUCACAUUCUAUAUCCCACCUGGAGCAGCAACACCGCCUGACAGGGGAGCUGAGCUCACAUUCUAUAUCCCACCUGGAGCAGGGGAGCUGAGCUCACAUUCUAUAUCCCACCUGGAGCAGCAACACCGCCUGACAGGGGAGCUGAGCUCACAUUCUAUAUCCCACCUGGAGCAGGGGAGCUGAGCUCACAUUCUAUAUCCCACCUGGAGCAGGGGAGCUGAGCUCACAUUCUAUAUCCCACCUGGAGCAGGGGAGCUGAGCUCACAUUCUAUAUCCCACCUGGAGCAGCAACACCGCCUGACAGGGGAGCUGAGCUCACAUUCUAUAUCCCACCUGGAGCAGGGGAGCUGAACUCACAUUCUAUAUCCCACCUGGAGCAGGGGAGCUGAGCUCACAUUCUAUAUCCCACCUGGAGCAGGGGAGCUGAGCUCACAUUCUAUAUCCCACCUGGAGCAGCAACACCGCCUGACAGGGGAGCUGAGCUCACAUUCUAUAUCCCACCUGGUGCAGCAACACCGCCUGACAGGGGAGCUGAGCUCACAUUCUAUAUCCCACCUGGAGCAGGGGAGCUGAGCUCACAUUCUAUAUCCCACCUGGAGCAGGGGAGCUGAGCUCACAUUCUAUAUCCCACCUGGUGCAGCAACACCGCCUGACAGGGGAGCUGAGCUCACUGAGUGAAGUGCUGAUAGACUCAUGCUCAUGAACGUUGGUCUAAUUUACUCAAGUCUACAAAGUGAGACUUUGUCCUUGUGUUUCUUGGCUCUUUCAAUUGUUUUGUUCACAAGCUUGGUUGUUUUUCAACGUUCGUUUUGAGUCCGCUGCUUCAAUGGAUAGCAAAAACUCCCUAGUCAGAGCCCAAAUAUCUCUCACACACACACACACACACAUGACAGAAUGCGAGUGGCCCCGUUACCACGGUAACUUCCCUCUCUUGAAGGGGCAACUGAGCAUUUUGUCUCAGAUAUUUUGAUUUAAAAGACUGAGGUCACAAUUUUAAAUGUAUUAAAUUGUACUUCUUACUAACACAUUUCUUGUUUUAGAAAUAUUACAAAGCAUGAUUGUCAUUUUUUGUUGUAAUUAUGGCCAAAAUAUUUCAGCUGGUUAAAGAAUUUGAGUGGCUGGUUGAUUUUUGUUUCUACCUUCAACAAUGACUGCUGGACCAAAAACAACAUUUUAGGCCCUGUUUUAUAAUCCAGUUUUUAUGGCUUACUUUAAUCAUAUACUGGGACAUCCACGGCUGUGACGGACAUGACAUGCAGACAGGUCUUUUAUCCAGAGCUCUGCUGUUCCUGAGGACUACCAUGUAAAGACAUAAGUUGGUGUCCUGUCUGUCCGUGUUAAAGUGUAAAUGAGUUUGACGCUAUGUCAGACUGCAACACCUUGUGAUUUUACUUUUAUCUCCUUUUUGUUUGCAGUUUUGGCUUUGAUUUUUAAAAAUCAAUCACUUGAUGGUUGUAUGACAUGUCCUGUUGGGAAAAAAAGUUGGAAUAUUGUGUUGGAAUCAAACCUAAGUUCGUUGGUGGAGGGACGGUUGUGUUGUAGAAUAGAUUUUAAUUUUAAUUUUUUAUGAUCCCAAUUUGAAGUGCUGAGAUUCUUAAAUAAUAAUUUUCCUAACACUUUCUGACCACAAGGUGUCGCCAUUUCUCAUGUCUUUACAAUUCCCCUUGUCUACGGCCCAUAAUAAUAUGCUGUUUAGCACUCUUUUAUCCAAAGGGACUUAGUCAUGCGUGAAUACAUUUUACGUAUGGGUGUAUUCGGGAAUUGAACCCAUUAUCCUGUCGUUACAAGCACCGUGCUAUACCAAUGGCGCUACAGAGGACCACCGUGAGAUGGUGCUCCUUUAUAUACUUGUUGAGACUUAGGGGAUUUAGUCCUGUGUGUGUGUGUGUGUGUACUCUCUGGGGGGGGUUCAGCCCUAAGUGUGUACUCUCCGCCGGAGGGGUGUAUUUAGCCCUGUGUGUACUAUCCGAGGGGGAUUUAGCCCUGUGUGUGUGUGUGUGUGUGUGUGUGUGAGAGAGACCUCUACAGUUUGGGUGGGGGAUUUAGCCCUGUGUGUGUACUCUCCGCCGGGGGGGGGGUGUAUUUAGCCCUGUGUGUGAGAGACCUCUACAGUGGGGGGGAGAUUUAGCCCUGUGUGUGUGUGUGUGUGAGACCUCUACAGUGGGGUUGGAGGGGGGAUUUUAGCCCUGUGUGUUAGACCUCUACAGUGGGGGGGGGGGGGGAGAUUUAGCCCUGUGUGUGUGUGUGUGUGUGUGAGACCUCUACAGUGGGGGAGGGGGGAUUUAGCCCUGUGUGUUAGACCUACAGUGGGGGUGGGGGAUUUAGCCCUGUGUGUGUGACCUCUACAGUGGGGGUGGAGGGAGGAUUUAGCCCUGUGUGUUAGACCUCUACAGUGGGGGGGGGGGGAGAUUUAGCCGUGUGUGUGUGUGUGUGUGUGUGUGUGUGUGUGAGACCUCUACAGUGGGGGUGGAGGGGGGAUUUGGCCCAGUGUGUGUUAUACUGCAGUACUAUCUGCUAGGCCCGGUGGGCUGGACAGACCAGGACUGACCUCUAAUGUUGAGGUGAUAGGAUGCAAUUUCUCCUGGAAGCACCACCAUUACUACCACUGUUUUAUAUCUCAAGGUGACCAUUACCCCUCUACCCCUACCCCUCCCCCCGUACCCUUACCCCGCCCCCCCUACCCCGAUCUUUUAAAAGGGAUAGUUCGACCAAAUUACGUGUUUAGUUCACAAUCAUUCUAGUGCAAUCCACGCUUUGGGUUAGUUUACAGAGCCUCCCCUUGUCCAUAGAAUACGUACAGGGUAAGGAAGAUGUGAAGUAUUUUCUAUGACCAGUCCCUUUAACUCAACCUGAGAGCAGCAGAUGAGUCUUUCUGUAGUAUUUGAAGUGCCUAGCUGUUUUAUGUUGGGGGGGGGGGGGUGACAGAUUUAAGACUUUUUUUUUUAUUUCAUUGGAGAGCUCUUUAUAUAAACUGAAGGAUGACAUCGCUGUGAUCGUUUGUAGCAUGUACCAGCAACUGAUGUUUUCUCAUUGCCCACCAAGCCAAUCACUGUCCAUGUCCAUGAAUUUUUCUUCCUGCUUUGGGAUCCAUACAUGUUGUUUAAUGUAUUGUUUUAUUUGGAACAUCAUAGGUUCAAAUGGCACCCUAUUCCCUACAUAGUGAACUACUUUUGACAAGGGUCCAUAGGGCUCUGGUCAAUAGUGCACUGAUUUGGGAUGUAAUAAUGGAGACAAGCCAAUCCACACGUGCUGCUGCAACGUGAUGCCAAGAGGGUACAAAUAGACAGCAUAUUGUCAAAUUAUGAGAUUAUUUUUUUCUUCAUUUUUGAGUAAUUUUCAGAUGUGGUCCGAGUUCGGCAUUGUGUCCAGUCUUUUGCCCAUGCGGCGCAGAUUGUUUUUUUUUUUCCAUCUCACUUGCAACCGGUCGUUCUAUAUAUAUAUAUAUAUAUAUAUAUAUAAUAAAAGUUUAUUUCAAAUGUAUAUAUUUUGAGGCUGUUAAGUGACUUAUAUUGUUUUUAUCUGAAUGAUUUAAUUUGGUGCUCAAAGUAUCAACAAGGUAGCAGAAGCAAGUGGAAAUGGAACUGAAUUGUGUGACGAUAUGUCAACCUCUGUCGUUUUUGCUGUGAUCAUAGGUUUGAUUCCCGCUGUGGCCACCCAAAUGAAAAAUAUCCACUUUAUCUAAAAGCUUCUGAUUUUAAUAGGAAAUGGGAGCUCCACAGGCAUUUUCAUUAUCUAGCCUGCAGGGGGCGCCAAAGAACAGAUACUGGCCUUACUGCACCAACUACCUUAUGACUGUUUUUAGUUCAAUUGCAAAAGUCAAAGAACCUCUUGUUAUUUAACAUUAAACCCCAAAGUGAAAGGUU